AUGUCGUUUGAUAAAAACUUCCACCAAAUUAUUUCGAGCUAUUUCAUCGGCCCAAAGGCAGAGAACUUGGAGUUUUUCAAAAGGAAUGUCAAUCGGAUCUUUGAUGAGCUGCGAGACACCAGACUUGGUUACCACACACUUGAUGAGAAAUUCAUCACAGAAGAAAUCCAAAACUCUGCCCCUUUCCAAAAUGCUACAAAAAACUUCGAGAAAGCCGUAGCAAAAGCAGCACAUCUACUUGGCAAGCACAGUAUUCCUUUCUGGUCUCCAAGGUACCAGGGGCAUAUGUGUACCGAUCUUGCCGCCCCUGGUAUUCUCGGUUACUUCAUGACUAUGCUCUACAACCCGAAUAAUGUAGCACUUGAAGCUUCGCCUUUCACGACUGUGACUGAGCUCAAAGCUGGACAGCAGCUAUGCAAAAUGUUUGGUUACAAUACAACAAAGAAGCAGGAUACACUAGCAUGGGGCCAUAUCACUGCAGAUGGCACGAUUGCAAAUUUGGAAUCCAUCUGGGUUGCAAGGAAUCUCAAAUUCUACCCACUUGCGUUAUAUAUGGCUAUCAAGGAAGACGCACUGUGGUUUAUCGCCGACAGCUUUAAGGUUACUACUUGCCUAGGCGAUGAGAAACCAUUCAAAGAUUUCAGUGUGUGGGAACUUCUCAACCUCAAACCCGAGACGGUCUUGGGGCUCCCAGACGCGUUGAGAAAGCAAUUUGGCAUCACUGGGAAGUAUCUUGAAGGUGUUUUGGAUAGGUAUAAUAUCCAGACUGCCGGCAAGGACUUAUUGGAGCGCUAUUUCGGCAUAGAUAAACCUAUAAAGUACUUUGCGUCCAAGACUCGACAUUACAGUUGGCCCAAGGGAGCAGCUAUCGCGGGACUUGGAUCGGGCUGCGUGCACGGUAUUGAGGUCGAUCUAGACGGCCAUGUCAGCCUAGAAAACCUCGAACAGGAACUGAACAGGUGUUUGGAGGAGCGCCAAGCUGUCUAUGCUGUCGUGGCGAUAAUCGGCUCGACUGAAGAGGGAGCAGUCGAUCGUCUUCGAGACAUAAUUGAAUUACGCAAAAAGUUCCAAAACAAGGGGCUGAGCUUUUUGGUACACGCGGAUGCGGCAUGGGGUGGAUACUUUAUGUCCAUGAUCGACAGAUCCAAGGUUUUUGAGCCUGUUAUUCCAAAAAUUGGAGCUCCACGCAAAAAGACAGAGGGGUUCGUGCCCUCUCUCACAUUGAAGCAAGAGACGGAGCAGGACCUAUUGGCACUGAAACAUGCCGACUCUAUCACCGUGGAUCCACACAAGGCUGGCUAUAUCCCAUAUCCUGCCGGAUCCCUUUGCUAUCGUGAUGGUAGGAUGAGAUUUUUGGUGACAUGGUCAUCACCGUACCUAUCUCAGGGGAGCUCGGAGAAUAUUGGGAUAUAUGGAGUGGAGGGAAGCAAACCCGGUGCUGCUGCAAUGGCUACUUGGCUAUCGAAUCAGACCAUUGGUCUCGACCCUAAUGGUUACGGAAGGCUUCUCGGCGAAGCAGCAUUCACCAGUAGUAGACUGUCGGCCCAUUACGCUGCCAUGCACGUCGACCCGCGUAACUUAGACAAGAACAAUAACAAACCUUACUUUAUCUGCAUUCCUUUCAACCGGCUUUCAUCUGAGUUGGAAGGACAUGGUUUGGUCUUCAAGACGGUUGAUGAGGAAAGGAAGUGGAUUCAUGACAAUAUCCUCACAAUGACGAACAAGGAGAUGGCCGAAAAUGACCAAGUCAUGCAAUACAUUCGCGGGCUUGGCUCUGAUACCAACAUCAAUGCCUUCGCAUUGAACUGGAUUGGUGAGGACGGAAAGCCCAACAGUGAUAUUGAAGAAGCAAAUUAUUUCAUGAAAAAUGUUGUUGACAGGCUCUCUGUGACCGACACAAACGGUAAGCCUGCAGCCAUCCCGCUCUACCUGACAUCCACAAAGUUCGAGCCUCAAUUAUACGGCAAAUGUGCUCAGCAUUUCAUGGAGAGACUGGGUAUCGAUAAGUGCAGCCAAGACCUGAUGGUUCUACGAAAUGUGGUCAUGAGUCCGUUCCCAACGGACCGCGAUUUCAUCGGCGAAUUAAUGGAUUACUUCCAGGAAGUGGUCAGGGAAGAGGUUGUUAGAGUACGGAAAAGGAACCACCCUGGAGAGUAUCCUGCAGAGUUCCUCAUGAGAGGCACAGAUAAGGUGUUCCUAGAGCAUUUGUCGUCUUUCGAUCGUGCGACUGGAAGACAGCAGAUCAUCCUGGAGGUUUCUCUUCUGGAUGAAGAAACAAAGGAAAAAUACCUCUCCACAAGGGCCAAAUACCUCGCUCUGAAAGAAAAGCAUCAUCCAACUGCUCAUAUUGUACUGCGGUCUUCCAAAUCAAUUGAUCUUCAAAAGGUAGUGGAGAACUAUGAAACUUUCGAUGGAAAGAUUUCUAUCCGAAUGGAAGAUACAAAAAAAGAAAGAGAUAGCUCAAAGAGUGUUUACAAAGACACGGAUGAAUUCGACGCUCGUGUGAGCAUUAAAAAGAUAGUGAUAAGCCGACCACUCAACAGCGCCAAUCGUGACCUUGAAUAUCCGCAGCAAUUCAUGCCUUUUUAUCUGUACGGAACUGAGUCUGAGCAUCAUAUCUCUCAUAUGCUUCUUAAAAGUCCGAACAUAUCACUUUCUGCAGGAGAAAUUGAGCUUGAGUCGGAAUUGGCGAAGAGCAUUAAACAACAUCUUAGUGAUGCACGGAAUCGUGACAGUGGGCUAAUACUCGCUCUGACUAACGCUCGUGAGGCAUGCAUGCAUCCUUUCCCCGAGAACAAUAAGGACCUCCCAGGGCAAAUUUUCUUCCAGAGUGGACAGACGUAUGAUGUUAAGGUCUAUUAUGAUCCGCAACAGGACCCCUGGGCCGAAGGGCCAGGUCUCUUGGACCAAUUGGGUAGCCCUCUUGCCCAAGGACGGAUGAAGCUAAGUCGUGAUGUGUUUGUGGAUGUUGAGUAUUUGCGGGCUGAUCCGUUUAAGAACCCAAAGCCCAAGCCCGAGACUAACUGGGAGGAUAAACUUGAUGAAAUUAAAGCUGUCUUGGGUGGCCAGGGCUCUUCAAGCUCUUGAGUACAUAAUUGGGAAUGAGCACUUGCUUUCAUAAAUGUGGCCUUGACCGGCGAAGUGUCCCACCCUUCACCAGAUGGAUAGCAAUAGCCCAGAAGAAUAUAAAAAUCCAUUGAAC